AUGCAGGCGAGGCAGACCCAGCGGGGCCCUGGCUGGUCCCGUCAAGCAGAUCCUCAAGCAUUGUCAUCCAAUGGUGCUGGAAUUGAUUACCACGCCCCCUGCAGACGAAAUGCUUUCGAGCCAACUGCAUUGUUCGACGUGGCUGGACGGCUCUUCCUGGCCGACGGCCCGAUCAAUAUCAAUCAAGUCAAUGCCACAGCCCGGGCCAAAAGUGCCCGCGACAGCAAACCUGCGGUCCUUGUUGAUCUCCCAAACUAUAUGUGGAACCAUGCCACUAAGUACUGGUGGGAAAGCCAGGCCAGCCGGGAUUGGCGCUUCCGCCGGUAUCCAAACCACGAUUUGCUCAGUGGCAAGGUCCUAGGGACCCCAUGGACGGCCCCGGUGUGGAAGAAGCUACUGCGCCUGCCUGAGCUUACUUGGCUGCUGGACCACCGCAUUGGGGGUCAGGUGCUUUUCCCGGCAGCGGGCUACAUCGCCAUGGCGGUUGAGGCAGCCUUCCGGAUGGGUCAAUUGCGAGGGUUUAUCGACCAAAAUUUGCAGGUUCAUAACGUGGCGUACCGGCUUCGCAAUGUCACCUUCAUGAAAGCGAUGGUCCUGGAGGAGGGCACCGACCAGCGCAUCAUGCUCACCCUCACCCCGGAAGACGAACGCGCGGAUUCGUGA